AAAAAAAAAAAAAAAAAAAAAAAACACCUGAGAAAGGGCUAGGUUGCUUUACUUUUUUCUCACCUGGGAACCAAGGCGGCUGAGGUCUGCUGGUACAGUGACUUCUAGAGGAUUUCAAACAUUUUUGCGUGUCCAAAGGUCCAAAAGAUUGGUGCCAUGUGGAAGGCGAUUAUUUUGCUGAUUAUGGUUACACUUAGCCCUGGUGGAAAUGGGCUAUUUCGCUCCAUAUACAAAAGUGUCAAGGUCUCAGUACCAUGUGAGGGAGAUGCAGGACACCCAUUAUUUCUUACUCCUUAUAUUGAUGCUGGGAAAGUCACAGAAGGGAGACAAUUGAGCUUGGUUGCUCCGUUUCCAGGAUCUAAUGUGAAGAGUUACGCAGGUUACAUCACUGUGAAUAAAACCUACAACAGCAACCUUUUCUUCUGGUUCUUUCCUGCUCAGGUACAGCCAUCAGAUGCCCCAGUAGUUCUCUGGCUGCAGGGUGGGCCAGGUGGCUCUUCCUUAUUUGGACUCUUUGUGGAGAAUGGACCUUAUUUUGUCACGAGUAACCUGACCGUGCGUGCCAGAGACUUUCCUUGGACCAAUACACUUUCCAUGCUUUAUAUUGACAAUCCAGUCGGCACAGGCUUCAGUUUCACUGAUGAUUCCCAUGGAUAUGCAGUCAAUGAGGAUGAUGUUGCAGAGAAUUUGUACAGUGCACUGAUUCAAUUUUUCCAGUUGUUUCCUGAAUAUAAAAAUAAUGACUUUUAUGCCACUGGAGAGUCUUAUGCAGGCAAGUAUGUACCAGCCAUUGCUUACUACAUCCAUAUCCUCAACCCCAGAAUGGACACGCAGAUCAACCUGAAAGGAAUUGCUAUUGGAGAUCCAUAUUCUGAUCCUGAAUCUAUCAUAGAAGGCUAUGCAGCAUUCAUGUACCAAGUUGGGUUGUUGGAUGAGAAUCAGAGAAAGUACUUCCAGAAGCAGUGUGAUGAGUCCAUAAAAUACAUAAAGGAGAAGAAGUGGUUUCGUGCCUUUGAAAUAAUGGAUAAACUACUCGAUGGUGACUUAACAAGUGAUUCUUCUUACUUCCAGAAUGUUACAGGAUGUUCUAAUUACUAUAACAUUUUACAGUGCAAGGAUCCUGAGGACCAGCUUUACUAUGGGAAGUUUUUGUCCCUUCCACAAGUGAGGCAAGCUAUCCAUGUAGGAAAUCGAACUUUUAAUGAUGGAUCUGAAGUUGAGAAGUACUUAAGAGAAGAUACAGUGAAGUCAGUUAAGCCCUGGCUAACUGAAAUUAUGAAUAAUUAUAAGGUUCUGAUCUACAGUGGCCAACUGGACAUCAUUGUGGCAGCACCCCUGACAGAGCAAUCCUUGAUGACUAUGAAUUGGAAAGGAGCCCAGAAAUACAAAAAAGCAGAACGCAAAAUCUGGAAGAUCUUUAAGUCUGAUAAUGAAGUGGCUGGUUAUGUACGGCAGGCAGAUAACUUCUCUCAGGUCAUUGUUCGUGGUGGAGGACACAUUUUACCCUAUGACCAGCCUUUGAGAUCUUUUGACAUGAUUAACCGAUUUGUUUUUGAACGGGGAUGGGAUCCUUAUGAUGGAUAAGCCACAGUCCUACUGUAACUUUUUAAUCCUUGAAAAGAAUUUUUCAAAUUUGAAUUUGUCAUAUAAAUAAAAAUUAUCUUUUCAUAUCUGCAAAUAGUUCUCAUCAAUAAAAAAAAAUCU